CAAACGUCAAGUCAAGUCAAAUAUUCGAUACAAAAUUCUUUCCAUUUCUUUCUGAUAAACGAAGUUGAACGGAUAGGUCGUUUCCCUAAGAAUGGCUCCUACGAAAGCUGCGGUGCCCCCCACGAAGCCCCAGGGCAAGAGGCCCCAAAUCAGAGGGAAAGGUCUCAAAAAGAAGAAGGUGGCUUUGAAAUUUGUUAUCGACUGCACCCAUCCGAGUGAGGACAGCAUUUUGGAUGUUGCAAAGUUUGAAAAUUAUCUCAAAGAAAGGAUAAAGAUCAAUGGGAAGACCGGGAACUUCGCUGCUGGUAAAGGAGGACAGCAUGCUGUUACUUUAAGCAGGGAAAAGAACGUGAAAAUUGUUCUCAAUUCUGAAAUUCCCUUUUCGAAAAGGUACUUGAAAUACCUUACAAAGAAAUACUUGAAGAAGAACAACCUUCGUGAUUGGUUGAGGGUAGUUGCUUCCGGAAAGGACUCUUAUGAAUUGAGGUACUUCCAGAUCAACAACCAAGAAGACGACGAUGAAGAAGAUAAUGAAUAAGAUAAUUGUUAUCUUAUAUUUUUAUUAAAUUAAGAUAAAAAUU